AUGAGCAUAAGUAAAGACUCGUCCAACACCAUGAUCGACAUUGAGAAGAGAGACGUGGAAGGGAAGGAAGGGAAGGAUGGGAAAGUUGGAUCCAAGUUGAUAAAAAAUGAACAGAUUCUUUUACCAUUAACAUUCAUCUUAAUUGGCCUCAGUUCAUUAAAUGUAUGGAAUACAGCUUUGGGCUUAAAUAUAAAUUUUAAAUACAACACAUUUCAAAUAACCGGUUUAGUCUGUUCAUCCAUUGUAGCCCUUUUCAUCAACGUACCUAAGAUUUUAUUGCCGUACACGUUAGGAGGGCUAGCAGUAUUGUGUGCAGGGUUUCAAAUAGCUCAUAAAUUUUUUACCGACACCCAGUUUGACACAUAUUGCCUAAUAGCCUUCAUAGUUAUAGGAAUAGUGGCAGGACUGACCCAAACGAUUGCAUUUAAUAUUGGGACAACCAUGAAAGAAAAUAUGGGUGGGUAUAUCUCAGCAGGGUUUGGUAUUUCAGGAGGUUUUAUAUUUGUUAUAAAUUUAAUACUAGAUCAGAUUGUUCCUGAUAAGAAGCAGUUUGGAGUAAAUGAAGCCAAGUUAUUAUACCUCUUCAUCAUUUGUGAAGUGUGUUUACUUUUGGCCAUCAUAUUUAGUGUAUAUAACUUAGAGCUGUCUUCCGCAAAAAAUUCCAACGAAGAAGAACACAACGACAAGGACGAAAAAGGACUCUCUUACUUAGAACUAAUUAAAGACAGUUACAAAGCUAUCCUUGCUAUAUUUUUAGUGAACUGGCUUUCAUUACAAUUAUUUCCUGGUGUAGGACAUAAGAAAUGGCAACAGAGCCACAACAUUUCAGAUUAUCAUGUUACCUUAAUUGUGGGUAUGUUUCAAGUGUUCGAUUUUGUAAGCCGAUAUCCACCAAAUUUCAGUCAUAUGAAAAUUUUUAAAUGGUUCUCCUUUUCCCUUAACAAAUUACUUCUCCUGAAUUUCCUUCGUCUUAUAUUCAUUCCUUGGUUUAUUCUCCUUGCUGCUUGUGAACGCCCCUUCUUUACCAACAUUGUUCAUCAGUGCAUUUGUAUGGCUAUGCUCGCCUUCACCAAUGGAUGGUUCAAUACCGUGCCCUUUUUGGUCUUCGUCAAGGAGCUUAAAAAGGCUAAGAAGAAGAAAGACGUUGAAACUAUUUCAACCUUCCUUGUCAUUGCUAUGUUUCUUGGUCUCUUUAUGGGAAUAUGGACCACCUACAUUUAUGACCUCUUCCCCAUUGUCAUCAUCAGACUUCCCACACCCUAA